AUGUGGGGGGAGCUCAUGAUGACUGCAGCAUACCUGACCAACAGGACCCCACACGCGGCGCUAGGGGGAGCCACGCCGUAUUCCAAGAUGUACAACACAACCCCGGACCUUUCUCGACUUCGUGCCAUCGGCGCCCGCGCGUUCGUUCAUCACGAGCGAUACAAGAAGAAGCUAGACGAUCGGGCCUUUGAAGGCAAGCUCUGCGGUUACGGACCUGACAGCAAGACGUACCGGAUCUACGUGGAGGGCAAAGACAAGGUCUACGAGAGCCGGAACGUGACUUUCAUCGAGACUCCACCCAACACCAUCCCCCCUCACCGGUGGGACGACCGUCUCGGAUAUGAACAGGACGUGAUGAACUUCACGUCAUUGCUCGGACGCCGUACCUCUACGGGCGACGAAGACAACAAAGUGGACUACGGAACACAAUCAGAGCUCCUGCUGCACGAGAUGCGCAACAUGCAGCAAGACAACAUCAGCCGAGCAGAACUUCGCCAAAACAAAGCGGGCAUGGAUUCCGACAACUACUUUGCUGCUGGGGGAGUUAACAGCAACAACAACCCGCGGACUACGACACCAUCCAGGACAUCGCAGGACACGACACUC